GCAGUUCAUUUAUAGAAACGUUUCUAUUUUUGGAAGAAAGUUCCAAAAAUGGAAACGCUAAAAACCAACUGUUCCAAUAAUGGAAACGCUCCGUUUCUAUUUUCGGAAACGCAAGGAGCACAUAAACCUGUUCGGUAGUUUCCGCAACAAACCAUAGAUUUCCGCAUCAAACAAAGGCCACCAAUCAAAAGACCGCAUUUCGCUUCAUAAUUCCAAUGUUGAACAGAAAAAUCGGCUGUUGAACAGGCUUGCACGGUCCACUUCCUUUUGUAAACAAUAGAUUUUUUCAUGAUAGGUGAACUUUUAUGUGUCAUUAAUGAAAUAUACCUCAUGUUUUUGUGGAAAAAUUUGAUUUUCACAAGAAUGGCAAUUUUUUAAUUGACAGACUUGCUGUCUGGUAUUCAUUAAUAUUUUACAUUGCUGUAAAGCAAGCCCUGAAUGGCGUGUUGGUGACCACGUGCGGAGAUCGUCUUUCCAGCUUUGGAAGGCGUGCUCGAGGCCUCGAGGUGCUGGAGGCCAAUGCAGAGCAACUACGCUGUCAGGGACAGCAUGUCGGAGAGCAAUUCUCUGCUGAUAAUGAAGAAAGAGAUUAAGGUGGAGCCUCCCUCGCCAAGGGCUGAGCGGCCGUCGUCUCCGUCGAUGUCGGACGACGAUCCGUUGUCGGACCGAGCUGUGCGGUCUCUAGUGAAGGAGGAGAAGGUCAGGUCGCCGUCGCCGUCGCCGCCGGAGGAGGAGAAGGUCAGGUCUCGGUCGCCGUCACCGUCGGAGGACUUCAUCGGGUUCACUGAGGUGGACCGUGACAGUGCUCAUUUCGCCUCCAUUGCAAAAACAACUAUGCUGUUGGGGCGCGUGCCGGACUCUCAGGACAUAAAACAAAUAUUUUCCGAAGGAGGUUUUGGCAGAGGUCAGAGCCUCGCUAUAAACUACCGACAAGUGGACGGUCUUGAUGAUGAUAACAUAUUUUGUGAAGUGUGCUGCCGUGAGUGGGAAGGAGACUGUCCGGUCCAUGGACCGCUGAAGGUCAUACCAGAUACCAAGGCACGACCGGGUAUUGGUGAUCCUGAAAGGGACCUCAAGACUAUACCUCAAUCUCUCAGCUCGGGUUUGUCAAGAAUUCCCGGAUCUAACACCGGAGUAUGGACUGAAAGGGACGUUCCGGCUCGAGUACGAUUCGGUCCCUACGAUGGCACGAUCACCACCGGCCAGCGUCAGGCCAAAACCACGGGAUACAGUUGGGAGAUCAUGAAAGGUACCAGCGUGCAUCACUCAGUCAACGCCGAGGACUCCAGCUGCAGCAACUGGCUGAGAAGAGUCAACUGUGCCCGCUCUGAGGAAGAACAAAAUCUAACUGCCUUCCAGCACAAGGGUCUCGUUUACUUUAGGACGUCGAAGCCCAUCCCGCGGGGCUCAGAGCUUCUGGUGUACUACGGAGACGACUCGGCCCGGGAGCUGACCGUCCACUCUGAGACGUCUGGGGAGUCUGUGACUUCCUCUCCGGCCGGACCGUCAUCCUCAGGUUUUGGUGGCACUCUUCAGUGUCCCCACUGCGACUUCAGCUGUUUGGGACAACAUUGUCUGGACAGACACUUGAAGAGACGACACGGCCAAAGCGUGAACGGCAGAUACAAGUGCAAGUGGUGUUCUUACGUCACCGACCACUCCGGCAGCAUGACGCGGCACCGAAGGACUCACGCGAAAGAACGGCCGUACUGCUGUGAAGUGUGCGGCAAAACGUUUGCUCAACACGUCGGUCUGACCGCUCACCGUCGUGUGCACACCGGUCAGAGUCCGUGCAAGUGUGAUAUCUGUGGGAAGGUGUUCACACGGUCCGGUGCCCUGACGAUGCACAGACGUGUCCACGUUGGCGAGAAGGUCCGGCAGUGUGAGCAGUCUGGUGCCGCGUGUUUAGCUACAACUAACGGCAAAGAACACAAGACACACGGUGUCCGUGUGAAGCCGCAUCAGUGUCAUGAAUGUCGAGCCAGAUUUGUUACACGCGCAGAUCUCACUGUACACAUACGAACCCAUACCGGGGAGAAGCCGUACAGCUGCUCCAUUUGCCCGGCACGGUUCGCUCGGCGGUCAAAUCUCGUCAGACACGUGCGGACCCUUACAAAGGAGAAGUCGUUUGGCUGCUCCAUUUGCCAGGCAAGAUUCGCUUAUCAGUCAACGCUCACCAUACACAUGCGGACCCACACAGGGGAGAAGCCUUUUGACUGCUCCAUUUGCAAGGCACGGUUCGCUCUUCGUUCAACUCUCACCAGUCACAUGCGAACCCAUACAGGGGAGAAGCCUUUUGACUGCUCCAUUUGCAAGGCACGGUUCGCUCAGCGGCAUAUCCUCACCGAACACAUGCGGACCCACACAGGGGAGAAGCCUUUUGGCUGCUCCAUUUGCCCGGCACGUUUUGCUCGGCGAUCGGCUCUCAGCGGCCACAUGAGGACCCACACAGGAGAGAAGCCGUACAGCUGCUCCAUUUGCCCGGCACGGUUCGCUGAGCGGUCACAUCUCGUCAGACACAUGCGGACCCACACAGGGGAGAAGCCGUAUGGCUGCUCCGUUUGCCCGGCACGGUUUGCUCUUCGGUCAAGCGUCACCGAGCACAUGCGGAUCCACACAGGAGAGAAACCGUUUUGCUGCUCUGUUUGCCCGGCACGGUUCGCUCAGCGUUCAACCCUCACCAACCACAUGCGGACCCACACAGGGGAGGAGCCGUUUGGCUGCUCCAUUUGCCAGGCACGGUUUGCUCAUCGGUCAGCCCUCAUCAAUCACAUGCGUAUCCAUACAGGGGAGAAGCCGUAUGGCUGCUCUAUUUGCCCAGCCCGGUUCACUAAUCGGUCAAGCCUCACUGCACACAUGCGUACGCACGCACGCGGGGAGCGCCCGCACAGCAGUCCCUCAUCUACCCGGCGCGUUUUUCUGUUGGGUCAGAUGUCACCAAACAAAUGACACCACACAGAAUAGCGACCCUUCUGCUGCUCCAUCAAACAGACGCCGUUUGCUUUUCGGUAAGGUCUCAAGGGAAACAUACGAACCCACACAUGAGAGCGACCGUACGGCUGCUCCAUCUGCACCGUACGAUUUUCGGUUUCAUCACAACUCAAAAGCCAGCUGCUGAUUCACACGGGGAAACGACCUAAUGGUCGUUUAUACUAAAUGAAAAUCAUCCUUAACCCGCGUCCCGCUGGCGGUCCUGUAUUUCCAGGUUCUGCUGGGGGCCCUAUAACUCGGCCUCUGGGCCAUGUAUCGGCACGCCGUAGGCGGUGUUCCAAAGAGCGUCCAAAUAAUGAGAAAAAUACUCUUGUCACUUUUUAUGUCAGAUAAAAGGUAAGGUCGCUAAAGGUCAACAAAGGUGAAAUUUGUCACUUUCUAGGUCAAACUUCGAUAAUUUUCGACAAAUUGGCAGUGUGAGCAGUCUGGAACCGCGUGUUCAGCUACAUCUAACGACAAAGAACACAGGGCACCUCGUAUUCUUGUGAAGCCCCACCACUUUCCUGAGUGUUUGGCAUGUUUU